AUGCCGAAACCGACAGACAUCCCUUCUUUUGCGGCGACGCAGCUUUCUCUUCUGGAUGCAGAACUCCAGGCUGAGUUGGCGGAAACAAAUGCGCUUCUAUCAUCACACACGCCCACGGCGCUGUCCCGCGCAGGGCUGGCCAUCCUAAACCUUAACGUUUCCUCUAUACGCACUGGUCUUGGCGGCAAAACAGUCGUCGAGCUCGGUCUGGACCCUGCAGUCGUGACCAAAGGCGAAAACGCAGACAUCCCAGAACAUGGCAUUAGGGUUGGCGACAUUGUUGCUGUUCAGGAUCAGCCUGCUGGAAGUGCGAAGAAGUCUGAAAAGCGAGAUCUCGCCAAGAAGGGCGUCGAAGGUGUUGUCCUUCGUGUGAGGCGGGAGAAUAUUGAGAUCGUCCUUGAUAAAGAGGACGCGGAUAUUCCCAGUGGUGGGAAGCUAUGGCUCGUUAAAUUGGCCAACGACAUCACCUACAAGAGGAUGAACCAGACAAUGGGCAACCUCCAAAAGCUUUCCGAUCAAGAAUACACGCCCUUUAUGCGCGUCUUGUUCGGCCAAGGCUCUCCAUCGCCUCUUCCGUCAGACCUCAAUGACCCUUCGGAUCCUCUACAUAAGCUUGAAUGGAAUGACCCAUCCCUGAAUAAUAGUCAAAAGGAGGCUAUCAGAUUUGCUCUUGCAUCUCGCGAGGUCGCUUUGAUUCACGGCCCACCAGGGACCGGAAAGACACAUACACUUAUAGAACUGAUCCUACAGCUACUUAAGCAGAAACUACGUCUCUUGGUGUGCGGGCCGUCGAACAUAUCGGUAGACAACAUCGUCGAGCGACUGGCUCCACACAAGGUGCCCAUGAUACGCUUAGGCCAUCCCGCACGUCUUCUACAUUCAGUUUUGAACCACUCCCUAGAUGUACUUACACGCACUUCCGAAGCUGCAGCUCUUGUACAGGACAUACGGAAAGAGAUGGAUGAUAAACAAGGCUCCAUCCGCAAGACUCGCAAUGCGAAGGAACGACGACAGAUCUAUACGGAGAUGAAAGAGUUACGAAAAGAGUACAGGGAGCGGGAGAGGGGCUGCGUCGACAAUUUGAUCCGCGGCAGCAAGGUCGUCCUCGCCACAUUGCAUGGAGCUGGUGGCUUUCAUCUCAAAGGACAGGAAUUUGACGUUGUCAUAGUCGAUGAAGCGAGCCAGGCCCUGGAGGCUCAAUGCUGGGUUCCACUGCUUUGGGUCAAAGCACCCAAGCUGGUGCUUGCAGGUGACCAUCUUCAACUACCACCCACCAUCAAGUCACUCAACUCCAAGGAAGCGAAAGCUGCUAAGAAGGAAAGCAAGAAGAAGGACGACAAGGAUAACAGUGCCGCAAGUAACGGCGACGCUAAGGUCGACGCAGUAAAGCCGGCGGCAUCCAACAUUACUUUAGAAACAACAUUGUUCGACAGACUACUCGCCCUCCACGGCCCUUCCAUCAAGCGCAUGCUAACAACUCAAUACCGCAUGCAUGAGAACAUUAUGCAAUUUCCCUCAGCGGAACUAUAUGAGUCGAAACUUGUCGCUGCCGAAGCCGUCAAACACAGGCUGCUCAGGGAUCUUCCUUACAAAGUCGAAGAUAGCGACGAUACCCGCGAACCUAUCGUGUUCUUAGAUACGCAAGGCGGCGACUUUCCGGAGAAGACGGAAGAUGAGGAGAUCAAGAAGGGCAGCAAAGGCAUGAGUCUCGGAGACAGCAAGUCCAACGAGGCGGAAGCGGCACUUGUGAAGCUGCAUGUCAACAAUCUCACCGAAGCCGGGGUUAAAGCUGAAGAUAUAGCGGUGGUUACCCCAUACAAUGCCCAGCUGGCGCUGCUUUCUGGAAUGCUCAAAGAAGCAUAUCCAGGCAUUGAGCUAGGGUCCGUGGACGGGUUCCAGGGUCGCGAAAAGGAAGCCGUUAUAGUGAGCCUGGUCCGCAGCAAUGCAGACGGUGAGGUUGGAUUUCUGGGGGAAAAGCGCAGACUGAACGUGGCCAUGACGCGGCCGAAAAGGCAUCUCUGCGUUAUUGGGGACUCGGAGACUGUUGGCAGGGGCAGCAAAUUCCUCAAGGCGUGGAUGGACUUCCUGGAAGAGAAUGCGGACCUGCGGUAUCCCAACAUGGCAGAUACGUACGUGGACGAACCGGGUGCGGGAUGA